CCAGGGCAACAAGAGGAGCCUGUUACAUACAUAUCAGAACGUUUAUAUAACUUAUAUAUACUCUAAUGGAAACUCUAGUGAGUGAUGAAAGUUUUCAGAAUGCGUGUAUGCACGAUGUAAAUUAUUUGCUGUUGACCUAUUUCGUCUUCUUUCUUCACUGAUUGAUACCAACACAGCCAGGUACAGAGUGUAGGAAGUCUUUUUGCAUCUUUUUUUUCAGCCCAAGCAAGCUCCAGAGGGAGAAGCUAUCAAAAUAAAAGAAAAAACAACUUCCGUCUACUUCAAUACCUCUUUAACAUCAUGCAGGACCUCAUAGGCAUAUUUGUGUACAAAUGUGACGUCACAAGUGUUUCAGUCACAGGACCGGGCACAUUGACAGAAGACUGCUUUGUGUGUGUGUGCCACGCGUGCAUGUAUCAAACGAACAAGUUGUAAUAAAAGAAAAAAGGUUGGAAACUAGACUAAAGUAGUACAACGCCCUCAUAUAAUGGUGAUGUCAGCCACAGAUUUUCAGUGGCGUGCCACAUAACUGUGCCCAACGUUACUGGAACGCAACGGACAAAGAGAUGUGUCCGAGCUAUUACGUCAUCAACACGGACCCCACUCGAAUCCCCUCCAUGCUUCUGGAGUCGCAAUGCCAUUGUCAGUCAGCAGACAGUGGCCUGAUUCGGGAUGGUGCCAGCCUCGUCAUCGAUGAUCUUUGGAUGAUAUAUAAACUUCGCAAGACACAGAGAUGGCUCAACGAUAUUUCAGUUCCAUCUGCUUUGGAAAAGCUUUGAGGUUGAAAUCUGACUUCAAACACAGUUACCUGACGACCACAGCGCACAGCUUCAACAAAUCCACGAGACACCUGUGUGGAAGGUUUUGAAUAUUUGUAAACGGAUCUACUGGACAAUGCCAAGCCUGUCAAACCUUGCCCUGUGCGUGUCGCUUGUUGUCAUGGCAACCACGCGGGUAGCCAGAGGCAGACACCAUGACGUCGCAUGCUCCGAUCCCCCGAACCUGCAAAGUCUGCUGGACACCCAGGGUAGCCCCGCCAGCCUGAUGCACGAGACUUUCUUCCAAAUCCCUCAGCUUCGUGACAGCCUCCUGCAGGGGGCACCCUUCCCUGUCGAGCAGCAGCCGAGGCGAUCAAUUUUCAGUGGCGUGCCACGUAACUGUGCCCAACGUUACUGGAACGCAACGGACAAGGAGAUGUGUCCGAGCUACUUCGUCAUCAACAUGGACCCCACUCGAAUCCCCUCCAUGCUUCUGGAGUCGCAAUGCCAUUGUCAGUCAGCAGACAGCGGCCUGAUUCGGGAAUCGGCACCCAGGUGUCUGGUGGGGCCAGGUGAGACGCCGAAAGACCCACGAGACUCCCGCAUGAAGUGCGAACCUGUUCACUACCACACCUGGGUUCUGCGACGUGGAGAAUGUUUGAAUGGUGUGUACCAGUACCAUCGUGUCCUGGAACCGGUGCAGGUGGGCUGCCAGUGUCACACGCACUCACUGAAUGUCCUGUAGGACAUGCCAUCAUUCAGGAUAUCCGUUGACAUCGCCCAGCCUUCAUCAUGCAAAUAUCCGCAAGCUCAAGCUACUGACAAGGGAUUUUUGGCCCUGAUUUGAUCUUCCUUGAAAGCUUUACAUUAGUUUUCACUUUUAUAUUUACCUACACAUUGUUCCAGUACAUUUCUGCUAGCGUCUAAUUUUUAAAAAAUCCCUCGUAUUUAUUAAGCCAGACCCACUCAGUAGCAGGUGUCUAGCUUCAUUGUUAUUGCUGUUUGCCACGCUUUUUAAUGCACAUCUUCAUCUAAUGACCAAUGCAGAAGCAGGAGUUCACAGUUCAUGUUACUUGGCAACUGUCUCCUCUCCCCCUUCUUCACCAGGAAGUUCAGUCCAUGCUACUGUCUUUAGCCCACUAUUUAUGUCGUGUCUGGCGUUUCCCCCCAUAAUUCUAAACUGUAAAAUUUUUGCACAUGCAUCUAAAAUAAAUGUUAGACAGUG